AGGAGCUCGGCGAGGUGAGCCGCGCGCUCUGGCCGCUGCUCAUGAGCGCGGCGCAGGCGGAGGCGUCCGCGCAUGGCGGCGCCGCCGGCCUCCAGGGAGCGCUGGCCCGCUCGGCGCGCGGGCUGCGCUCGUGGCGCUCCCGGCUGGAGGCUGGCCGCCUCUGGGAGGACAAGGAGGGCGCGGACUGGCCGGCGGACCCAACGCUCAGGGCGCAGUGGACUGACUUGCUCAGGGACCUGGAGAUGCCGCGGUUCACCAGGCGCUACCCGCAGCUGCUGGACCCCCUGAUGGCGAGCCUGCUCGAGACGGUGGAGCAAUUCCACAACGAGACCCAGGAGCAGCAGGAGCAGGAGCAGGGCGAGCAGGGCGCCCAGCGAGACCAGGGAGGCGGCGAGGAGCAAGGCGACGGCGAGGAGCGGGGCGACGGCCAGGAGCAGCGCGACGGCGAGCAGACGGACGGGGAGGGCGACGGCGAGGGGAAGGGCGACGACCCUUCCGAGCAGGAUGCCGCCGGCGCGGAGGGGGCGCAGGGCGACGCGGCCCGGGCGGGGAAGCUGAUGGAGAAGCUGCGGGAGCAGUGGGGAGGUGCCAGCGAGGCGCUCCGCGAGGCGGAGCAGUCCCUGGGCGCGGCCGGAGGGAAUGCGGCCGCCGACGGCUUCGGUCUGGAGGGCGGCUCCCCUUGGCAGGAGACGGAGGCCUGGAAGCAGAUGGGGGAGCUGCGGGACGUGCUGAGCAGGAGCCCGGACAUCCGCGCCCUGAUCCGCGACCUGGGCCGCCGCAGUGCCGUGAAGGGGCCCCUGCGGCGGCUCCCCGAGGAGCUGGACCAGCGCGGCGCGCCCAUGGGGGUGGUCCGCUCGAGCGCGGCGCCAGCGGAGGCGAACGGCGUCCGCCUGGGCGGCGAUUGGGACACGAUGCUGCCCAGCGAGAUGCAGCUGCUGGCGGCGAAGCGGCCCAUGCUGCGGAUGCUGCACCACGCGCGCCGCGCCGAGCAGGCGCUCCUGAGCUACGACAGGACCGCCUGGCUCGAGGAGGAGGCGCGGGCGACGCGCCGGUCCGAGCUCAGGCCGCUGGGAAAGGCGGGGCCACUGAUCGUGUGCCUCGACACCAGCGGGAGCAUGAGCGGCCCUCGCGAGGUGCUCGCCAAGGCUAUGGUCUUGGAGAGCAUACGGCAGGCGCACCGCCAGAAGCGCCGGUGCUACCUCUACGCCUUCUCCGGCAGGGACCAGCUGGAGGAGUUCGAACUCGACCUUUCCAGCGAAGGCCUCCAGAAACUCCUGGGCUUCUUGAAAUUCAGCUUCUCGGGCGGCACAUCUCUGGACGAGGCGCUGGAAGCCAGCGCGCGGCGCCUGGGAGCGGACAAGGAGGAGUGGCGAAACGCCGACCUGCUCAUCGUGACCGACGGGGAGUUGCCGCCUCCUGCAGAGCAGGUGCGGCACGGCUUGGAUGCUGCCUGCGCGGCGGGCGGCGCCAAGGUGGUGGGCGUCGUCCUUGGGGACAGCGCUGGGGAAACGAUGGAGGGACUGUGCACGGAGCUGUACGUGACGGGGAGGCCAGAGCCUAUGUUCGCCGCCGCACGGGGCGGGCCGCGGCCGGGCCAGCGAAGCCCAGGCGGCUGGCCGCGGCUGCGAAGGCUGGCCGCGCGGCCGGUCGCGAGGGCGGCCGUCGCGGGCUGGGGGCGGGCGCUGAGCCGCGACAGCGCGGUGGGCCGCCUGGGUGCGGGCGGCACGCUUGCUGGCUCCGCAGGGCGCUCGCGGACACGGGCUGCAGCGGCCCCGGUCGCUCGCGCAGCCGCGGGGCAGCGGGCGGAGUCCCAGGUGGAGCCAGACUUCUCCAGGUUCAGCGACGAGCUCAUCCUGGUGAUCCAGCUGGCCGAUGGCGAGCGCCGCCGCCUGGGGCAGCAGGCCAUGGGGACGGAAACUCUGCUGCUGGGCCUGCUCUCCACUGAGCAAGCCGCGCCGGUGGUGUCCGCGGCCUUCCCAGACGCCGGCAGGGCAUCGGUGGAGAGCGCCCGCAAAUUUGUCGAGCAGCGCAUCCUGCUGGAUAGCCAGGGCAACGCACUGACCCCGAAAGCCUCGGGGGCGCUGACUUUCACUCCCAUGGCAAGGAGGGCGCUGGCCGACGCGGAUGGCGCGCGGCGCGAGCUGGGGCACGAGCGAGUGUUGCCCGCCCACCUCCUCCUGGGCAUGCUGCGGGACGAGCGCAGCCUGGCCUACGACAUGGUGGGCAGCCUGGAGGCGGACGUGGACGCCGUGGGCAUGCGGGGGCUCAGCACGUUGCCCGGACCGGUGCCCGCGGUGCGCGUGCGCGCCGCGGCGCAGUUGUCCGAUCUGCGUCUCCGCCAGACCGCGGGCGCGAGACGGCCGCCCGACGAGGACGAGGCGGCCCUUGCGCUGUCUGCUCGGCUCGGCAGGGCGCACGAGCUGCUCACGGACGGGCUCGUGGAGCGCUCUGUCGAGGCGAAGUUGCUGCUGCUUGCCGCCCUGAGCGGGGAGCACGUGUUCUUCCUGGGGCCGCCUGGCACGGCGAAGAGCUUGCUGGCGCGGAGGCUCGCCCUCGUCUGCGAGGGGAACUUUUUCGAGCGGCUGCUCACCCGCUUUUCGGUGCCGGAGGAGGUCUUCGGUCCGCUCUCCCUCAAGGCACUUGAGCAGGACGAGCUCAGAAGGAAGACGCAAGGCUUCCUGCCCGAGGCCGACGUGGCCUUCCUGGACGAGGUGUUCAAGGCCAACUCAUCCAUACUCAACGCGCUGCUGACCCUGCUGAACGAGCGACUCUUUGACAACGGUGGAUCGCGCGUCAGAGUGCCGCUCUGGUGCGCCGUGGCCGCUUCCAACGAGCUGCCAGAGGGCGAGGAGCUGGACGCGCUCUUCGACCGUUUCCUGCUGAGGAGGGUCGUCCCCCGCGUCUCGGACGAUGCCGUCGUGGACUUCUUGGAGACGAUGUUGGACGUCGCCGGCCCCGAGGACGAGCAGUCGCCCGCGGCGCCGCCCACGCACACGCGGGGCGGCUCCGUGCUGACGGCGGCCGACUCGGAGGCGGCGCAGGAGGCCGCGGCCGCCGCCGUUGCCUUCCCCGAUAGGAUGCUGCAGACGAUCGCCCGGCUGCGGGUGCACCUGCGGGACGUCGUGGAGCCGCCAGUCUUGGUGUCGGACCGGCGCCUGGCCAAGGCGGUGCGCGUCCUACGCCUCGCGGCCUACGCCGCGGGCGGGACGGAGGUCUGCGAACUGGACCUGCUCUUGCUGCAGCACAUAUUGUGGGACAAGGACCCGGCGCAGGCGGAGGCCGUCCGGGAGUGGCUCUUCGAGCACAGCUUCGGGGCUGCAAGUCCGCAGCAGGGCGGCGACGACUUCUUGCCGCAGGCCCGCUUUCUCCUCAAGGCCAUCAAGGAGCGGCUCGCGCGCGCCUCGAAGCCCGAGACGGCCUCGGCGGCACUCCAGGACCUCGCCAACCUGCGGGUCCCCGUCGAGAAGGUGGUGUGCAGGCGCCUCGAAGAGCAGGUCGCGCUGAGGGCGCUGCUCUCCACCGAGGGAGGCGGCGGGUUCGCUGGCAGGCGGGGCUUCUGGCUGGAGGCCGCGGAUCUUGAGGAGGCCUCCAGCAGGCUCCUGCCGCGCGCGGCGGGGGCGGUCGCGGACGCGGAGGGCGUGCUGCGGGAGGUCCUGGAGCUCGAGGGCGCCCUCUCCCUCCCGGACCCCGAGGAGCGGGAUUCGUGCUUGCGGCACCUGCUCGGGGGCAAGGACGGAAAGAACAUGCAGCGGGAGCAGAACCAGAAGCUGACCGGUAUGUUCGACCAGGAUGACUUCCCCUGAGGCCAGACGUGCAACCCCCUGGUCUGGGGACUGGUCUGCACCACACGUUUCACUACCCACGGCCCUCCCCAGGCAGUCUCUCUUGGCUGCCAGCGGAGGGUCUGAGUGGACAUCGGGUCUCUCUGCGCUGCUAAGGGAGGAGACGGCGAAACGUCCAAGCGCCCCUUCCCUGCCCUCCCUUGCCCCAUUGUCCAAGUCCUC